CUAAUUGCUUGUUUGUUCAUUUUUUUGGUAGGAUUAGAUUUCUGUAUUGGUAAGCCACUCGAUGACACUUUCCUUUAUGUCAUACGCGCUGAAGUUGUAGCGCUCGCUGGAAUAUUGCCCGAUUGGCUGGAGAAAACGAACAACAAUAUAAACCAGUUACGUGCACUGCUCGAGCGUGAGUUUAGCAAAGUCCAGGCAAUAUUAUGUGAAGCCAUUAAAGGCAAGGAUGAAGAAGAACUAAUGGGACCAGAGCUGGAAAACAGGCCUGGCAAGAAGUUGCAAUCCACAACGCCAGCACCGCCGAACAUUCGGGAACAUCUACAUUCAAGGGGAGUCUGUGUUUCCAUGGCAGAUUAUGAAUCUAUAGUAUUUGAUGCGCCAGAUCGAAACAAGAGGUUUACAGGAAGACAAAAAGAGUUAGAAUCCCUUGAAAGGUGCCUCCUCUCAGAAAAUAGCAACCAGAAAUUUAGAAUGGCGGCCAUUUGUGGUCUUGGCGGAUGUGGAAAAACGACCUUAGCAGCUCAAUUCGCUUGGGAGCAUAAAUCACAAUACGAGGGAGGCGUAUUUUGGUUCUCCAUGGAAGAUGAAGAGAAGUUUGAAAGCUGUGUGAAUGACUUAGCGAUACGUUUAGGACUGAUGGAAAAAUCAUCAGAUCUUACACUAGCACGAAUUCUAACGCUUAUAUCUAAGCAGGAAAAGCUUUGGCUGAUAGUUCUUGACAACGUCGACCAGCCAAUACUUUCUGAAAAAAUGCGUAAAGUUUUGACAGGAAUAUGGAAAAGGGAGUCAAACGGUCACAUGUUGAUAACAACAAGGCGUGAAAGAAAAGAGAUCUGUCUGUGUAUGGAUCUUGAGCCAAAUUGUUUUGUAGAAAUCACCUCUUUCUCUAUUGAGGAAGCAACAGAGUUUCUUUUGAGUCGUUUCAACAGUGAAAAUGCUGCAGUCCAAGAGGAUGCGCUAAAUGAGCUGGUUGUUGAGCUUGGUUGUCUUCCCCUUGCCUUGGAGCAGGCUGGUGCACAUAUCAAAUCUCUUGGCUGCACUGUUAAUGAAUAUUUAAAACAAUACAAGCUCGAAAGGUUCAAGCUGCUAAGCGAGCAUCGGGCAAAUCCCUCGAGGGAGUAUGACUCCUUGAAUCGUCUUUCAGUCCACACGACAUGGCUAUUGAACUUUGAGUACGUAAGGAACUCAAGAUAUGGAGAAAUUGCAACCAGGUUCGUACAUGCUGCGGCUUUUCUUGAUCCAGAUGAAAUCGAUGAAAGACUCAUCAAUGCAGAGCUGCUUGCUACUGAUGUAGUAGCUGAAAGAGAACUCCCCCUCAGGAAUGACCAGAUUGUACAAGUUUUGACCAAGUUUUCACUUUUCCAGAGAAAGUCUGUUGGAUGCAUGAGAAUACAUCGCCUAGUGCAGCAGGUUAUUCGUGGUACAAUGACAUCACAAGAACUCGAAAAGGCAAUGAACACAACAUUUCAGUUGUUAAAGAAAGCAGCUCAAUCACCUGGUGAAUCAGCAACAGAUAAGUCUGUUUUCUCCAUUAUUCGCCAUUGGUUGGCAUUGAAGCAAAAUAUUGAACAACAAGUUAGAGUUACACCAGAUGACUUAUCAGCUGAGAAAUUACUAACAUUGAUUGACAGCGGUACUGGAGAUAUCGUGUUGGAAGUUGCUCAUACCCUAAAAGGGUUGAGGCAAACUUUGGAAAACCGUCGUGGAUUGUCAGCGUUGAUCGACGUCGACUACGACAGCUACCUA